ACUAAACAUAACCUCAAAAUUCCUAAAUGUGUCAACGUGACAGUUCAAAUAAACAAAUAGCCGAAAAUUGACGAAGAAUCCGUUAUAUUCAAUAAAUAAUCAAAUAAAAACAAAAAUGCUUCCUCUAUCGUUGUUACGCACAGCCCAAAAUCAUCCAAUGUUAGUCGAAUUGAAAAAUGGCGAAACCUACAACGGUCAUCUUGUCAGCUGUGAUAAUUGGAUGAAUAUCAAUUUGAGAGAAGUUAUUUGUACGUCUAGAGACGGUGACAAGUUCUGGAGGAUGCCAGAAUGUUAUAUUCGUGGCAGCACGAUAAAAUACCUUCGAAUACCAGACGAAGUUAUUGACAUGGUUAAAGAAGAAACGCAAGUUAAAGCCAGAGGCCGUGGCGAGGUCAAUAAAGGUAGAGGUGGGCAGAAUAUGAGGUCAGGAAGAGGUGGCAGUCGUGGUGCAUUCGGAAAUCGCGGCAGACCCGCGCCCUUAGCUCGCGGUGGCGGGAACACGGGUCGACCACAGAAUAAAAAUAAAAAAUGAUCUUGCUGUAGGUUCUUUUUGAUGUAAAUUAAAUUAAGUAUUUCUAAGGAUAA